AUGAGCACUAGAUAUGGACCUGCUUUACAGAUACACAAAGUUGGCGUGGGAUAUAUUCUGUGGCUCCCACCUUUAAAUGCCACUAAUGGAGAUUCACGACCCCUUUGUCAACGUCACACUGGUAUGCGACACUUAAUGAAUAUCAACGUGUUUGAUCACCCAGCGGUUGUUCUAAACAUUCACAAUCGAUAUGACCCAGAUCCUUCCAUUCGUUUCAUUGCAUUGAGUUUGUAUCGUGGUAAUCGCCGCUCUCAAUGCGGACCACGCUAUUGUCUUGAGAAUGGUCAAGAUCUCGAGGCUACAAGUAAUUUCCAUACUUGCCAUAGAUUUGUGCUCAGCUUGUCAAGAUUUGAUCGACACCAGUGGGGGCGAGCAAGAUCAUGUGAUUACAGACUAAACAGCGAAUCAUACACAAGCCUGAUGGCAAGACUACGUCUUGACCCUGAAUUCUAUCAUUCUACCUCGGACAUCUUGAAUGGGUUCUUGCAAGCACCUCCGGCAGUUGCGCAGCCAUUUGCCCAACAACUGCAAAUCUUGAAUUCAUGUUCUCAAGACCAUAAUUCGUUUGCUGCGCUCGAGAGAGAUGACCCGGAAGGCGAAAAUGAAUUUCUAGAGAACUAA